AUGUUUUCAUCACUGAGGCCUCCGCCUUCUUACAUCGAGAACGAUCGUGAACGACAUGAACGGUCGAUCGCUGCUACCGACGACAUCAUGCUUCUGCGCCCGGAUGAACGCCGUGAAGCUCAGACGUCUCAGAGCUCUGGUUUGGCUAGUGAUGAAGUUAAGCCUGGCAUGAAGCUCCCGGGGCUUGCCUUGAUCAAGCGCAGCAUUGACGGCUUCUGGAAGGCUUGGCAGGUGUACAGACAUAAACCCUGGAACAUGUGCCUCUUGGUCCUUGUUGGCAUUCUCUUUGCUGUUGGUCAUCACCUGUUCUACCUCCACCUCAAUGGCAAAGAGGCUGUCAACCAGUCUCUGAUGUUACGGUACGGGACUAUCGUUGCAUUCUGCGCCAAGGCUAGUCUCGGUACGGCUGUUACUAUUGCGUUUCACCAAAGAGCCUGGAGAGUGGUCCGAAAUAAAACUGCCCGGGUUGAAACCAUCGACUCGAUAUUUACCGCCAACUCGGAUAUCUUCUCCCUCUUCACCUGGGGCUCUAUCCGUAAAGCUAAGGUUGGGAAUCUUCUGGCGCUUUACUGCUGGGUCACUCCUCUUGUUGUCGUAUUGACCUCUGAGACUUUGUCGGUUGUCGUCGGUGUUUUUGAAGAAACUACGACAUGCCCGUCUAUCCGGACUUUGAACUUCGAAAAUGAGGAGAAGAUAUAUUGGAGGGAUCCUCAGAAGAUAGAUGACCAGCUUCUGAUGUCCAUGUCCAUAUGGAAUUCGACUGCUGUCGCUGGCCUGACCCCUUCCAACGCUAACGCAAAUGAAUUUGACUAUUACACUUCUUCUAGCCCGCUGGUCGACAACUUUAUUACCAUCAAAUCAAUACUGAUGGGCGAGGCCAUAGUCCGCAAGGAGUCGGCGUUUGAGAUCUGUGGGGAGGGGUGGAACUGUUCCUAUGUCAUCAACUUUGUUGCUCCUGGCUAUAAGUGUGAGAAGCUAGCAUAUGGAGUAGAUUCUGAAGUCAAGAAGCUUGGGAAUGCUGCAGCACCAUUCAAUACCUCUGUGUUGGCGCCAACAGGAAACCUGACGUACUACGCCGUCAACGACCGAGGCGAUUAUGAAAGCCCCCAAAUGGAGUCUGAUCUUUGGGGGAGACCGAAGGCACGUCCUCCAUAUCCGGUCAACUUUGGAGCCUUCAGAACGGAGCCUAUCAUGUGGAUUGGUUAUGCAACAGUGGAUGACCUUUCAGUCCCUCAGCCAGAUAUGCCAGGCACGGAGGCAUGGAAGAAGGCAUAUACACCCGUUAUCAUCGGGUGCGAGCAUUACGAAGUCAACUACACGGCCCAAUUUAAUUACACAGGCGGUGCACAAUUUGUUGACAUUAAGAAACGCGAAUACCUAAGAAAGGUGGUUGACACGACUUACAUACUGGAGAAAGACCCCGACAAGAGGUUGAAAGACCGAACACAGGCCGUCCCUCACAGAAACUACGUAUUCCCUACGGACGUCAGAAGAUACCGCCGAGUAGCUGCCUAUCAUUCCAUCGGCUCUAUGUUGAGGCAAUGGCUCAACGGGACUACCACAAUGCCGGAUUACAAGAUAAGUUCCAAGGUUGUGUCUACGCGGUUGCUCACGCGGGUUAAUUACCUCCCCGUCAAGAACCUCGAGCAAGAAAUCCGGAAAUUUUAUGAGGACAACAUCAUUUCUAUCUUUUCAGACCGUUCCUUCAAUGUAGUCUCGUGGGCGGCGAAUGGGAAACCAUCUGGUGUUGCCAAAGGAGGUCCUUCAACGGCCUAUCCCUGCCGGCGUCAGAGGAUAGCUACUUUCUUUCGCUACAACAUGGCCCAGCUUCUUAGCGUAUAUGCGGCAAGUAUAUUUUUGGCGGCCAUUGGCGUGUUAUUGGGGUUGCAGGCUUAUCUUGAGGAGGGUACUAUGCGCGAUAUGAAGCCGUCCUCGAUAAUAGAAGCUUCGCGGGCGUCGAAUCUUGAUGUACUGAGGGCUCGACAAGGAGGCGGUGUCAAGAUUGGGUACGGACUUGUUCAUGAAGAAGCUGGUAGGAGUGUGAGAAGUUUUGGAGUCGAAGGGAAUGUGCAGCAGUAA